UAAUUAUCUAAGAGCCCUUUCUGUCCAAAAGGCGUCCUCCUAUUUAAGCACACAAAUAUUGAUCAUUGAAGAGACAAACAAAGCAUACGGAAGAGAGCAAGCCUUCGAAGCAUGGAGACAUGAUGGCCCUAGACAAUUACUAUCUCCUCUUCUCUCCACAACCAUCUUUGCAUCUUGAUUGGGAUUCACAUUCCUCUGGACUCGGGCGUGAAGAUGUGCAUGAGUUCAAUAAUAUUAAGCCCCUUGAGUCAUCUACGGGAUAUUUGCAAGAUGCGGUGGUGCAGUGGAGUGACCGGUGCAAGAGGAGACGGUUGAUUUCAAGCACAUACGAUGCAAAGUUCACAAGUGAAAAUAUCCAUGAGCUUCUUCAUUGGCAGGGAUUUUGGGAUUCAAGUUGUUACGGAGAUCCCUUGUGGGGUUUGAAUUGCUUGGUUGAAGAUAACAGCAACAAUUCAGAUAAAACGGACCCCCUAAAUUCAAGAGACUCCUUAGGCAUUCAAAACGGCCAUCAUCCUCUCAGAGAUAUGGAGCUUGAGCAACAAGAGCAGGAAAAGAGAAGGAAGAAGAAAAUGUUUGUGUAUCCUUUUAGAGUGCUAAAGCCUAUAGGGCUUGAGGGGAAUGUGACACUAGCAGAUAUCAAUGAGAGAAUCCUCAAGAGGCCCACCCGACCUGUUAAGCAUCCAGUGGGUGAGUUUGCCAUUGGCCCAUGUGUAUCCAUCGAUAGACCAGGGCUCUCCGGCAAGGCGGUGGUGGCGCUCACCAGGAUUCAGACUCAGGGGAGGGGUACUAUCACAAUUAUCAGGACGAGAGGAUGAAUUUUCACGAGGAAUGUGUUUUUGAUGUUGUAACAUGUGAAAAGACGAGCAUAUGUAAUGGUAUGACUAAAAUUGUAAUA